UUCGUCAUUAAUGAGUCAUUUACUUACAUUUUAGUUAUAGAGAACAAAACAAACCCAGAACGCAGGUGAACGGAAAGUUAUCAAGAUGUUUAGCAGCAAGCCCAAUUAUACAAAAUUAAAAACCAAUUUAAAAUUGGCUGUGAAUCGUCUAAAACUUUUGGAAAAGAAAAAGUCCGAAAUUGCCCAGAAGUCACGCAAAGAAAUUGCCGAUUUCUUGGCCACGGGAAAAACGGAAAGGGCUCGCAUUCGUGUGGAGCACAUAAUUAGGGAAGACUACCUGGUAGAGGCAAUGGAAGUUGUGGAAAUGUAUUGCGACUUAUUGUUGGCCCGUUUUGGUUUGGUAACACAGAUGAAGGAGUUGGAUGAUGGCAUUGCCGAAGCCGUAUCUAGCGUAGUAUGGGUUUGCCCACGUCUCCAAAGUGAUAUUGCUGAACUGAAAGUUAUUUCCGAUAUAUUUAUACAAAAAUAUGGUCCAGAAUUUGCCGAAAAGACACGCACCGCCACCGGCGAUCAUCGAGUCUCAGAGAAGUUAAUGCAUAAAUUGCAAUUGCAGGCUCCACCCAAGCUAUUGGUGGAAAAGUAUCUAAUUGAAAUUGCCAAGAAUUACAAUAUUGAAUAUGAACCUGACCCACAGGUUAUAAAUGAUGAUCAAGGAAAAGACCAAUCGUUGAUAGACUUAUCGGAUCGCAACAAUUUGGGUGGCAGUGGUGAACCACCCCAAAUGGGCUUCAUUGGCUAUCCAUCAUUGCCGCCGUUGCCGACAGUUCCCAACAAUAAACCCUUCAAUUAUCCACCACCAUAUGGUGGCGGCGGUGGUGGGGGUUCUGCAGCCGCUCCUUUGCCCUAUGCUGGGCCUUCGGCUGCCACUGGAGGAGCAGCAGCUGGUGGUCCACCACCAUUCAGCUAUAAUAUACCACCAAAUGUGACAGCAUCAGGAGGACCAAACAACGAAGUAAAGGAUUUGAAUACAGAGUUUAUUAACAAGGAGGCAAUUAACGAAAUGCCAUCAACGUCCCAACUCGAUGAUGAUGAGUCAAUUGAUUCAAACAUUUUGCGCCAGAAAAUGGACAAUGAUCCUCCACCACGUUAUAGUUCAAUUAAUCCAAUGAAUUUGCAGAACGCCAAUAAACCAAAGCCUCAACCACGUAGCAAAUUGCCACCACCUACAGUGCAACCCAGUGCACCACCACCAUCAAUGGAAAUGCCUCAAUUACCAAAUGUUCCAAUGGAUUUGCCAGACAUACCAUCCGAUGAUAUCAAACCCAAUAACAAUGAUGACGACAUUGAUUUUGAUGACUUGUCGAAACGUUUUGAAAAUCUUAAAAAACGUAGAUAAGCCCAUGCAGUUAUUUUACAAGUUUUAUACUUAUGUGAGAUUGAAUUUCGCAACUACCUAUGUUAAGCUACAUGUAUUUAUAUAGUAUGUCAUUCGAAAAAAGCAAAUUAUUGUAUGUUAUGUUAUUGAUUGUAUGUGUAUUGUAUAAAAAGACAACAAACAAAAAUAUAUAAAAAUUAUAAUAAAUUACAGAUUUAUUCUUUAAAAUA